UUAUGAGUCACUUUGGCCAAAGUCUAAGGCAAAAACAUCCAACAAAAUUGAAAAUCUCAAAAGCCUUGGACAUGGAAGAGAAAGUUGGGAGAUCAAGAUUCAAGAGGGUUUGUGUGUUUUGUGGCAGCAGUACUGGAAAGAGGAACUGCUACAAAGAUGCUGCCAUUGAAUUAGCCCAAGAGCUGGUGUCAAGAAGGCUGGACCUUGUCUAUGGAGGUGGUAGCAUUGGGCUCAUGGGUCUGGUUUCUCAGGCUGUUCAUCGUGGUGGAGGGAAUGUUCUUGGGAUCAUACCUAGGACUCUAAUGUGCAAAGAGAUAACAGGUGAAACAGUGGGAGAGGUAAGGCCAGUAGCCGACAUGCACCAAAGGAAGGCAGAAAUGGCCCGCCAUUCUGAUUGUUUCAUAGCCCUACCAGGUGGAUAUGGAACUUUGGAGGAGUUGCUAGAAGUGAUCACUUGGGCACAGCUUGGCAUCCAUGACAAACCUGUGGGUUUGCUCAAUGUUGAUGGCUACUACAACUACCUUCUCACUUUUAUUGACAAAGCCGUGGAUGAUGGCUUUAUCAAGCCUUCUCAGCGCCACAUCAUAGUCUCUGCCCCCAAUGCCAAAGAGCUUGUUCAAAAACUUGAGGAGUACGUGCCUGUGCAUGAUGGAGCCAUAGCCAAAGCAAGAUGGGAGGUUGAGCAACAGCAGCAGCAGCAACAGGUGGGGUUCAAUGGAGCAGCUACUUUGCAGACUGAGAUAGCUUUGUAAAGAGUAGACAAAUGAAAAAAGGAUGAAAGUUAGGGAAAAAAGGUGGUUUAGGCUCUUUGCUUUGCUUUUGCUGUCUGAUUUUGGUCAUAACAAGACCAGCCAUACCAUAAUGGUAUGACAAGGUUUGAUUGAAAAGGAGAUAAAAAGGAAAAACGAACACUGACUGGUCCAAAAUC